AUGGAGAAAGAUUCUCCUAAAAAGUCCGGCAGCUUUUCCUGCCGUUCUGGCAAGAUUGACUGUUCUCCGGAUUCAGAAUCCAUGAAUGUUGAUGUGAAUCCAGAGGGUCCCGACACCGAGAACGGAAUUAAGAAGGAAGAGGAGGUGUGCGAGAACAAGGACGAAUCUUCUUCUGAUCUCGAUUCCUCUUGUCUCGCCAAACUCACUCAAGACGUUGAUCGAUUCAUCUCCCUUCUCCUUGAUUCUAAAUCUGCCCCCAAUCCGCCAGAAGUUCCCAGCUCUGUGGAGAAGCUCGCGAAGCUCGUUGAAGAAGAGAUCAAUGAGUCAGGCGGCUCUUUCUCCAAGUGGAGCCAGGAUCCUGGUGAAGGCCCGUCUCCUCUGAUUGAAGCUGUUGAUAGAAUCUCAAAGCUAACAAACGCCCUCAGCGAAUUCCCACCUGACGCGAAAUAUACUUCAUCUAUCAACCUUACUAGCAUGGUUUUACAUCGAGCAGUGUCAUCCUUGGAGGAGGAAUUUCGUUGCUUUCUUGAAGAUUCUAAAGCAUGCACUUCGGAUGCGAUGGAGUUGAGAAGUACAAGUUUAAGGCAAACGUCUGGCAGCUUUAACACAAACAGUACUGCUAAUAAUCAAGAUACUUCGAGUUCUGUCCCUCCCGAGCCCGACUCCGCUAGAAACGACAACUUCCCGGGCUACACGCCGUAUGCUUUGUUCAAUUUGAAUAGGAUUGCGACGGCAAUGAUCUCAGUAGGUUAUGAGGCCGAAUGCCUUCAAGCCUAUAUCAUCGCGAGGCAAAAUACUUUUGAGGAGAAAUUGAGCAAGCUGGGAUUGGAGAAGAUGAGCAUUGACGAUGUACAGAAGAUGCAAUGGGAAACGCUCGAAAGAGAAAUACCCACGUGGAUAAAGGCCUUCAAGCAAUGCAAUACGGUCUAUUUCCCUGGUGAAAGGAAGCUCUGCGAGUCAGUAUUUUCCUGCAAUCCCUCCAUUGCCGACAGCCUCUUUACCAACCUCACGCGUGGUGUUCUCAUACAGCUCCUUACAUUCGCCGAUGCUGUAACAGUAACGAAGAGGUCGACGGAAAAGUUAUUCAAGUUCCUGGACAUGUACGAAACUUUUCGCGAUUUAGCUCCAUGCAUGGAUGGCUUACUCUCCGAUGAGUUCUUAAGUGAUACUUCAGAUAUUCGGUGUCGACUCGGUGUAUUGGCGGUUAGCAUUUUUUUCGACCUUGAGAACUCAAUCAGGAGCGAUAACGUGAAAACUCCGGUUCCUGGUGGUGCGAUUCAUCCAUUAACACGCUACACCAUGAAUUAUAUCAAAUACAUCUGCGAUUAUAAGGAUACCUUGGAACAGGUAUUUCGAGAACACCAGAAGAUGGAGCAAUCCGACGCAUCAACUGGGUCAGAUAAUGCGGAUAGAGAGACACCAAACUCCGCUGAUCAGACGGAAAAGCCAUCACCGUUUGCAGCACAACUAGUGAAGGUUCUGGAUCUUCUGACCUCCAAUCUUGAUGCAAAAUCCAAACUCUACAAGGACCUCUCUUUAAGCUACAUUUUCUUGAUGAACAACGGGCGGUACAUCAUGCAGAAGAUCAAGGGAUCCACUGAGAUAUAUCACUUGAUUGCCGACACAUGGUGUCGGAAAAGAUCCUAUGAUCUUCGACAGUAUCAUAAGAAUUACCAAAGAGAAACGUGGAAUAAAGUCUUGGGAUGUCUUAGAGACGAGGGAUUGCAGGUGAAUGGGAAAGUAAUGAAACCAGUGCUAAAGGAGAGGUUCAAGAGCUUCAACGCCAUGUUCGAAGAGAUACACAAGACACAGGCCUCGUGGGUAGUAAGCGAUGAACAGCUUCAAUCGGAGCUAAGGGUCUCCAUAUCAGCGAUUAUGAUUCCGGCAUAUCGAUCCUUCAUAGGGAGGUACUCACAAUACUUUUCCCCCGGUAGGCAGACUGAGAAGUAUAUAAAGUUUGGACCUGAAGAUGUUGAGACCUACAUUAAUGAGUUGUUCGAAGGGAAUCCGUCAUCAAUGGUGAAGAGGAGAUGA